CUCCUCAAAUACCUUCUCUCACAGGUUUUGCUGUUGCGCGUGAUUCCGAGGCACUUUGUUGGCGAAUGGCAGGCACCUGGUGAGGCGGAUCUUCUCUCGUCAGAUGAGGUUUCGUCAUUUUUGGUCUUUCGUCUAGUUUCAACGGUUUUCAAUUGCUGGACAGAGGCUUGGCAGGUGGAUUUAAAAGCAAAUCAGCAACCUGCCCUCGCCUCCCAAACAAAGCCACCUUCAUGCGCGGGUCUCAACGCUUUUGAUAAGCUUAUAGUGAUUGAUGAACCCCUACCAUUGGAAGGGGGCCUGACGGUCCUUGAAGCAAAACCAGGCGCGGAUCACAUUGGCUGGGCACCAUUGGCGACCACCCACAUUCCUCCGCCCUUUAUUCUCCUCACCGUCUGCUCCGAUAGCACCCUGCGCUUCUGGAGUAUUAUCGAGUCUGCACCCACUGCUGACAGUUCUAAAGAGCUUUGUUGGUCCGAAUGGGAAAUGGAUCUGCCAGAACUCAGUGCCAGCCGAAUUUCCGUUCCUUCCGGCCUGCUGCUAGACAAUCUGACUCGAAGAGCCACCGUGGAUGCACUGGAAGAACGUUCGCGGAACCUGAUUGGCUCCUCACCUUCGCACACUUGGUGCAACCAGGCCUUGGCGUCGAUCCUGGCCGUGGCCUGUGUUUGCAAUGGUCGGGUGGCCGUUGCCUGCGGCUCCUAUUCUCGGCCAAAUGAGGGCUCAGAUGACGAACCCGUGCAGGUGGCCAUCUUUGAGUGCGAAUCCAGCGGUGGAUGUGAAUGGAUGCUGGAAGACGUGGUGAUUCCGAGAUACGCUGGUGGGAAGAUGCCAAUGUGCAAAAAGGUUCGCCUGCUGCUCCCAUCUACGUCUAUUUUUUGUCAGUCGGUGUUUUCUCCUCUGCAAAUUACUCUCUACGCUGUGUGGCUUGUUGCUUUUCAGUGCAUUCAACUAGACUGGGUCAAUACCGAAGAUGGUGGCUACUUGCUCUCCAUUGUGAGUCUGCACCAGCUCUGGAUCUACGUACCGAUGUGUCAUGAUGUCUUCCUGGCCACCCGAUAUCCCACCGCGAAGAACCCCAGCACACUGUUGACCAGCCUUGGCGAGGUUGGCCUACGCUGGGUUUGCCUGCGCUAUGUUUGCCUAAGCCUAUUCGAUGAGAAUAAUGAGGCGAUGACGGACCUUGCAAUCACCCCCAAUACUCAGCUGGCACUGUGGCUUUCCAACGGACUCUUUCUCUCUAAUCGCAUCACCGAGCUGCACGUCUUCAGCCAAUGGCCUGCUGAAGUGGUUGCUGAAAGGAGAGCACUGGUGGAAAAGCUGAGCAUUGCUAACGCACUUCCAGCCGGGGUGAUGGGAGAUCUGCUCAAAGCGGUGGAUUUUAAUGCCUCCAGUAUGGGUGCCGCACGACUGAAGAGAAACUAUUCAGAUUUUCGAUUGAUUGCUCUCGAUGGGGGAAAAGACGAGGCCGGCGCCGCCGCAAGUCGAGUCGCAGAGCCAUCACGAUCUGCACAUAUUGACUCCGCAAAGAAGCCCCCGCAUCCUGCCUCCACCGCCUACCCCAAAAACGCCCUAGACAUGACUCUGUUGAGCGAUCUGGGCCUUUUUGAAGCUGUGCAGUUAGUGAAUCCUCUGCUGCCGCAGUUUCAUCCACGCCAGCUGCUGGAAUGGAUGAAUAUUGGGAGAUUGCGACGCGUGCAGGCCCUUCUUGUACACCUGACCUGCUGUCUCUCAGCCUUCGAUUUGGCCUAUUCUGCUGGAAGUGCCGGUAGGCGUACCCCCGCCCCACAGCGUCCACGCUUCCACAGCACGUCGAGCCAUGAUCCCUUUGCUCCCGGCAACACUGCUGGACCCUCGACGAACACUGAAGACGAACCGGAACCCAGUCGCUCGUACACCUCUAACUUGGACAUUCAGUCCAUUCCACCGCUUCCGCUCUAUGUGUUGCUCGAAUUGGAUUCGAUCAGCCUAAACGCCGGUAAAGCUGGCGGUUCUACGAACACCCUAUCUGGUAGGUAUUUCCAUCGUCCUAUUCAGUUCCCAUUUGUGAAAAGAUUCCUGUUAUCCGCCAUAUCCUUCAUUUUUGUUGAAUGGGCUGAAUAUCCCCUGGUUGGGCAUCCAUCUUAA